GAAGUUGCGGCGUGUCAGUGUCAGUUUGAUUUUGGUGAGAAAAAGCGGACUACAGUCGUAAUUAAUUCGAAGAAAUAGGCGGGGCAUUAGUGCGACAACCCCCCACUACUGGCAACGCCGCUCGGAACGACAACAGCGCCACCCGUAAGGUCAAGAGUGAGGUUAGAAGUCCGUGUGAUUCAAAGCCCAGGUUGAAAGUGUGGAGUACGCACAGGAAAGUGAAGAAGAAGCCUCUUGGAUAAAGCUGCGCCCCAAUCAGCCCCCGAGGGCCCCAGUGCACCUUUUUAGAGAGUUUUGCGCGCUUGGCGCCUCGCCCCCGCUGGGACAUUUGACUGAGCAAACGUCAUCGGCGCGAAUAUUGCGUUGCAAAUCGGCGAUUUUUGGCUUCAAGCAGCAACCCGACCAGUUUACCAACAGUGUUACGUUUAGAGGUUAGGACUGGCCCGAUGCCCUCCAACAAGUUGGGCUGUUUUGUUGCGUGCAUGUGAUCGAUGUUAGUGCGAAGCACCCCGAGCACCUGACGUUGUUGCAUGCGCCUCCCACAUGGCCGCUUACAUAAACCGCACCAUUUCGCUGAUGUCGGGCGAUGGGCCCCACAAUCGCCCCAACGUGCCGCUGUUGCGCCCCACUAAUGGCGCCGACAACUCUCCCUUGCAGAUCUUCGUCAAGGCGAAGAAGAAGAUCAACGACAUUUUCGGGGAGAUCGAGGACUACGUCCAGGACACUGUCCAGUAUAUGCAUGAUGUGGAGAAGGAGGACGGGAUUGUGUCGGAGGAGAAGGUGCGACAGAUCGAGGAGUUUGUGGAUCGGGUGCAGGGCAUCAGGGAGGUGCUGGCGCGCGACCACAUGAAGGUGGCCUUCUUCGGGCGCACCUCCAACGGCAAGAGCUCCGUCAUCAACGCGAUGCUGCGCGACAAGGUGCUCCCCAGCGGCAUCGGGCACACCACCAACUGCUUCCUGCAGGUGGAAGGCUCCGCAACGGGAGACGCCUACCUGACGCUGGAGGGCUCCAAUGAGCAGCGGGCGGUGGAGUCGGUGGGCCAGCUGGCCCACGCCCUCUGCAAGGAGAAGCUGAGCGAGUCGCAGCUGGUGCGCGUCUUCUGGCCGAAGAACCGCUGCCUGCUGCUGCGGGACGACGUCGUCUUCGUGGACUCGCCGGGCGUCGACGUCACCCCCAACCUUGACGAGUGGAUCGACAUGCACUGUCUGGACGCCGACGUGUUCGUCCUGGUGGCGAACGCCGAGUCCACCCUCAUGCUGACCGAGAAGAACUUCUUCCACAAGGUGUCCGAGAAGCUGUCCAAACCGAACAUCUUCAUCCUGAACAACCGAUGGGACGCGUCCGCUUCGGAGCCGGAGUUCCUCGACCAGCACUGCAACGAGCAGGAGGAGGUUCGCAGGCAGCACCAGGAGCGCGCCAUCGACUUCCUGGUGAAGGAGCUGGGCGUGUGCACGCCCAAGGAGGCGGAGGGGCGCAUCUUCUUCAUCUCGGCCAAGGAGGUGCUGCAGGCGCGGCUCGCCGAGCAGGGCCACGCCGCCUCCACGCCCCUCACCGAGGGCUUCCAGACGCGCUACUUCGAGUUCCAGGACUUUGAGCGCCAGUUCGAGGAGUGCAUCUCCAAGUCGGCGGUGAGGACCAAGUUCGAGCAGCACGCGCAGCGCGGCAAGUACAUCGCCACGCAGCUGCGCGACAUCCUGGAGGGCAUCUACAGCGAGGCGCUGCGCCUCAAGGAGCUGAAGCUGGGCCAGCGCAAGGCGCUGGUCGACAAGGUGAACCACACGGAGCAGCAGCUCGUGCUGGUCACGCAGGAGAUGAAGAAGAAGAUCCGCAACAUGGUCGAGGACGUGGAGCAGCGCGUCUCCAAGGCGCUGACCGAGGAGAUCCGGCGGCUGAGCACGCUGGUGGACGAGUUCAGCCUGCCCUUCCACUCCGAGCCGCUCGUGCUCAACGUCUACAAGAAGGAGCUGCACCUCCACGUGGAGACCGGGCUGGGCUCCAACUUGCGCGCCCGCCUCUCGACCGCGCUGGCCAUGAACAUGGAGCAGAGCCAGUCGGAGAUGACCGCCAAAAUGGAGACGCUCCUGCCGGACGCCUACCGCUGCGCCUCCAACAUCGUGAUGCCGCGCCGCCAGCCCUUCGAGAUCCUCUAUCGGCUCAACUGCGACAAUCUGUGCGCCGACUUCCACGAGGACCUGGAGUUCCGGUUCUCCUACGGCGUGAUGGCGCUGCUCCAGCGCUUCGCCAGCAGCGGCCGCGCCGGCGCCUUCCUGGGCCUGAAGCACGCCAAGAAGGAGAGCCCGCAGAGCGCGCUGUUGCCGGCCACGCCCGUCGAGCCGCUGGACGGGCGCACGCUCUACAGCAACGUCGGGCUCGACGAUUGGUCGCUGAUAUCGCGCGUCGCCGUCAUGGGCGCCACCUCCCAGGGCACCAUGGGCUGUCUGCUGGUGGCCGGCUUCAUGUUCAAAACGGUCGGUUGGCGCAUCGUCGCCGUCACCGGCGCCCUCUACAGCUGUCUCUACCUGUACGAGCGCCUCACCUGGACCAACAAGGCGAAGGAGCGCUCGUUCAAGCGCCAGUACGUGGCGCACGCCACCCGCAAGCUGCGCAUGAUCGUCGACCUGACGUCGGCCAACUGCAGCCACCAGGUGCAGCAGGAGCUGAGCGGCACCUUUGCGCGCCUGUGCAGUCUGGUCGACAAGGCCACCACCGACAUGGACGACCAGCUCAAGCUGCUCGAGCGCGAGGUGGCAACGCUGGACAGCGCCAGCGGCAAGUCGAAGGUGCUGCGUAACAAGGCCAACUAUCUGGCGCACGAGCUCGACCUGUUCGUCGACGCCUACUUGAAGCUGCACCAGUAGCGCAGAAGGGGGCGGGGCCCCGAUAGUUCAUUGUUGUAGUAAUGUACAUAUUGCCGGAAUUAAUUAAAUAAAUCGAUAUUUCUAAUCAA